AUUUUUUGAUUUUUAUGAUUAUUAUGAAUUUCUUGUGGUUGUUGUGGUUGUUCUUGUUCUUCUUCUUCUUCUUCUUCCUCCUGUGGUAAAUGGUUGGGCUGCGGCCAUGUCUUCAUCUCUGCUGCCCACCGUCCCUUUCCCCACUGCAACCCCUCUCCAGCUCUUUUUUGAAGUGUUCAAAAGUCUCUCUCUCCUUCUUACUCUCUUCUUCUCCAUCUUUGUAUCUCCUCAUACCCACCUUUGCCAUCGAUCCCCACGGGGUAGAACCGUAAUUAGUGUUCCUGGUCAACCCAGUUCCCCACCAUCGGCCCAAGUCAAACGCCGACCGACCGCUCAACUUGUUCCCGUUGAUUUUCCCUCCCCGCAACUCUCCCUUGCGCCGACCUUUCCCUACCGUCGACCCCUCCUCCUCCCAUCGUAUUGAACACAGUCCAGUCACUUGCAGACACUCAUCGGACCUCAGACUCAGUCUCAUUCCGCGCAUAGGUGAAGACCGUGGCGCCAGAACGAUCGUUGAAUUGCCGGACAGAAAAGAGUUAAGAGGCGCAAACCCAGAG